GGCCCCCGAGCGCGGCGGGGCGGAGCGCGUCCCGCUCCCGGGACCGCUGCCAGUGCUGCGCUGGUGCCGGCGGCGGAGCGGUGCCGGUCCCGGUGCGGAGCGGUGCCGGUCCCGGUGCGGAGCGAGGCGGUGGCGCUGGCGGUGCCGGCGGGCGAUGGGCGGCGGGCGCUGGGCGCUGCUCUGGGCGCUGCUGGCGGCCCUGCGCCCGCCCCGCGGAGCGGCCGAGGAUGCUGACGGGGAAGGAGGUGGGAGGCCAUUCCUGUUGGCACAUUCCCGGCGUUCCCAGCGGAGCCUGCUCGGGCAGUGGCCCCAGCGGAGCACCAGGGAGGAGCCCCCAGGCAGCUCUGUCGGACAGCUCAGGUUCAACCCCACGGUGCGACACGUGGUCAUCAACGAGCACAAGGACGUCACCUUCAACUGCUCCAUCCGAGUGCCUCAGGAGCUGCUGCGGGCCGAUGCCCCGGGAAUUUCCCUCUGGAAGGACGGGAGGGAGCUGCACGUGCUGGAUCGCAUCGCCAGCAGCCACUUUGAGAUCCCCGAUGAGGAGGAGGUGGCCAUGACCUCCACCUUCAGCAUCCUCGGUGCCCAGCGCUCGGAUAACGGCUCCUACGUCUGCAAACUCAACAUCUCUGGCGUGGAGGUGGUGUCUGAUCCCAUCCUGGUGCUGCUGGAAGGUCUCCCACACUUCAUCCGUCAGCCUGAGCAGCUGAAUGUCACCAGGAACAGCCCCUUCAACCUGACGUGCCAGGCUGUGGGACCUCCAGAGCCUGUGGAGAUCUACUGGUUCCAGAACAACAUCCAGGUCAACCGGAAACCCCACAUCUCCCCGUCGGUCCUGACUGUGCCAGGACUCAACAAGCCGGCGCUGUUCAGCUGCGAGGCCCACAACAGCAAAGGCCUGACUGCAUCCAGCCCGGGCCAGGUCAACAUCAAAGGAAUUCCAUCGGCUCCUGUCAGUGUGCAGGUCCUCAACAGGACAGCCCAUGGAAUCAGGAUAUCCUGGGUGCCGGGCUUUGAUGCCUUCUCUGCCUUGAACAACUGCAGUGUCCAGGUCAAGGAAAUUGUUCCAAGAGGCAACGUCUCCCUUCAGCCCUUCCACACCUCGGUGCCUCCCCACGUGUAUCACAUCCAGCAGCUGGAGCCCAUGGAAGAGUACAACAUCCGUGUUUCCUGCGGGAAUGAGGUCGGCUGGUCGGCAUUCAGCCCCUGGAUAACGGCCAGCACCACAGAGGGAGCUCCGACCACGCCGCCGCUGAACAUCACGGUGUCCUUCAAUGAAUCCAGCUCCUCGCUGGAGAUCCACUGGGUGAAGCCACCACUGGAGAGGAUCCACGGGGAGCUCCAGGGCUACCACAUCUGGUACAGGUGGCACAACUCCGAGGGCAUGCAGAUUGUCUCCGACGAGGUCCGGCUGAACGGCAGCGUGGCCGUGCUGCCCGUGUUGGCCACCAACGCCACCUGCUCCAUCCGUGUGGCCGCUGUCACCAAGGGGGGAGUGGGACCUUUCAGCAUUCCGGUGGAGAUCUUCAUCCCUGCCAGUGGAUUAAUAACCUCAGCCCCCUCUUCGACUCCAGCCUCCGGGAAUGCCGACUCCUUUGUCAUAGCCCUGGGAUUUAUCUGCGGGACAAUUGCCGUCGGAGUCAUCCUCUGCUUGUCCGUGGUCAUCCAGAAACGAUGUGUAGAGACAAAAUAUGGGAAUGCUUUCAGCAGGAACAACUCUGAGCUGGCAGUGAACUACACAGCCAAGAAGUCCUACUGCCGGAGAGCCGUGGAACUGACCCUGGGAAGCCUGGGUGUCAGCAGGGAGCUGCAGCAGAAGCUGCAGGAUGUUGUCGUGGACCGAAACGCCCUGAGCCUGGGAAAGGUCCUGGGAGAGGGGGAGUUUGGAUCCGUGAUGGAGGGACGGCUCAGCCAGCCCGAAGGGCCCCCACAGAAGGUGGCUGUGAAGACCAUGAAGUUGGAUAACUUUUCCCAAAGGGAGAUAGAAGAGUUUCUCAGUGAAGCAGCAUGCAUGAAGGACUUUGACCAUCCCAAUGUCAUCAAGCUCCUCGGGGUGUGCAUCGAGCUGAGCUCCCUGCAAGUGCCCAAGCCCAUGGUGAUCCUGCCGUUCAUGAAGUACGGAGACCUGCACAGCUUCCUGCUCCGCUCCCGGCUGGAAAUGGCCCCCCAGUUUGUGCCCCUGCAGACCCUGGUGAAGUUCAUGGUGGAUAUUGCCCUGGGCAUGGAAUACCUGAGCAGUCGGAACUUCCUCCACAGGGACUUGGCAGCUCGAAACUGCAUGCUGCGGGAUGACAUGACGGUGUGCGUGGCAGACUUCGGGCUCUCCAAGAAGAUCUACAGCGGGGAUUACUAUCGGCAGGGCCGCAUCGCCAAGAUGCCGGUCAAGUGGAUCGCCCUCGAGUCCCUGGCUGACCGUGUCUACACCACCAAGAGUGAUGUGUGGGCAUUUGGCGUCACCAUGUGGGAGAUCGCCACGCGCGGGAUGACGCCGUACCCAGGGGUGCAGAACCACGAAAUCUACGAGUACCUCUUCCAUGGGCAGCGCCUGAAGAAGCCUGAGGAUUGCCUGGAUGAGCUGUAUGAAAUAAUGUCUGAGUGCUGGAGAGCCGACCCUGCCACUCGCCCCACCUUCUCCCAGCUCAAAGUCCAGCUGGAGAAGCUGCUGGAAAACCUGCCCAGCGCCAAGGCAUGCGGGGACAUCAUCUACAUCAACACCGGCCUUCCCGAGCAGAGCCCGGACUCCACGCAAGAUUCUGGCUUCCCGCAAGUGGACUCGGAUUUGGAUGCCGGGGAGGCGUCGGAGCCCGGCUCCCCCAGCGCGGAGGCGGCGCUGGUGGCUGUGGAUGUGCAUCCCAGCGAGCCGUGGGACACCAGGUACAUUGUGGAGGAGCAGCUCGCUGGCCCCGUGGAGGAGCCCUAUGUGCCACUGCUUCCCUGCCAGGCCUUGGAACCGGGGAGCCGAUGGAGCCAGGCCAGCACUUUGCCGGCGUCGGAGCGGCCGCGUGCCGGGAGCUGCGGGGAGGACUCGGAAGUGCCGCUGGGAAUGGUGUGAGGGGCACCACAGCAAGGACACAGAGGGAGUAUUUUAAUAAACAGUCGUCUCUUUUAUUUAUUAUCUCCUGCACGGUUUUCCUGGUGGAGGCUGGCUCUCCCCAGGAGCUUUUUCCUGGGCUGAAGUCCCAGGGGUUUGGAAUUAACAGUGGAAUUAUUUUGCUGUAAUUAUUCAUCUUCUCCAGAAGGAGCAGAGCAGGGUGGGGUGGAUGGUGAUGAGGGGCAGGUGGCCUUGCAGGGCCUGGUGUUUUCCCCCUUUUCCAUCACGUGUUAAGGUUUGUGGGAUGGGCAUCCCCCUGGAUGAUGAGUGCUCCAGCUCUACAGAGUGCUGGGGGAUUUCACACUGCAAGAGAUCCCCAUGGAAAACAGCAAUGGGAGCCCCAAUGGGAACAGUGGGUGCUCCCACAUUCCCUUCUCCCUGACGGGUUUCCUUCCAUCCCAUCUGCAUCCUAAGGAACCAUCGCUCCUGCUGCAACCAGGGAGACAGGAGCCUGAGGGGGUCCCGGGAGGGCAGGAGGCCUCCAGACAUGGCCUGGCCCUGCCCUUCUGCUCCUUCUCCUUUUGGGGGGAAUUCUGCUUCUUCCAUAGCUGGGCCUGCUCGGCAGCAACCAGAACUGGAUCCAGCACCUCUUGCCUUUCCUUGGGGGAGACCAGGCUGGAAACGGGGGGACCGGGCUGGGGAGGGGGUGCAGCAGUUGGAGAAGGGGGUACCGAACUGGGGGCGGGGGUUGCAGGAGCAGGGGAAGGCAUUUUGGGACUGGGGAAAGGGAUGCAGUGACUGAGAUGGGGUGCAGUCGCUGGAAAACGGGGAACAGAGCUGGGGAGGGGCGCAGGGCUGGGAAAGGGUUUCCCUGCCCGGCGCGGGUGGUCCCGUCCCCGCGGGAGCCGGGGGGCUGACAGGGGCUCCUGCACGGUGCCCGCUCUCGGCAGCACCAGAAACAGCUUUCCUGGGGGAAAAGCCACCCUCCCGCGCCCCAGCCGCGGGGGUUGGAUGCCCACAACGCCCCGCCGGUGUCCCGGGGGAUGGAUGCCCACAGAGCGCGGCCGGUGUCCCGGGGGAUGGAUGCCCACAGAGCCCGGCCGGUGUCCCGGGGGAUGCGCGGGGCCGGCCCGGCGCCGGGGCGGGGAAGCGCCGCGUCCCCUGCACGGGGC